GUUCGCCGCCUAACGAAGUGGAAGGACAAAGUUGGACUCGAGCAGAUAAAAACUUUCGCCAAUAUUUCAGACAUCUCUCGCAUGAAAGCCGGCGAAUACGCAAACCUAAUCGUUCAAGUGGUGGCCGUCGGCCAGUCACGCAGGUCUCAUGGUGCUGUGGUUUUGCGCGUCUGGGAUGGAACAGACCCUCCGGCCGACAUGCGCCGAAUUAAUUUCGAAGUUGAGCAGCUGGACAUCAUUCAGAUGGCCGAGGAACUGCACAAAGAGGUUAUAGACAAAACCGUCGACGUGUUCGUCUACGGUUGCCAUAGGGAAAGUGCGCUUCGUCUGAAGCCACGUGGCAUCGUGCUUUUGUCUAAUGUUCACAUGUUCUACCGAAGUGCGCCGGCCUCUGUCGACUUCUCUAUACACGACGAUGGUGCUCAGUUCAAUAGAUGCAUAGACUGCACGGUGCAUGAUUAUCAUUUGAUAAAAAGAUUCGCAGGGUAAUU